AUGUCGUUCAAGCUCUUGUCUCUAGUUUUCAAAAUUGUUGCUGGGUGGGAAUGGUACUAUAUGUUCUACUACAACUAUCUCAUUUAUAUCUUCUUGAAGAUCAUACUCAACAAAUAUAAAGAGUUGAAUAAAAUUUUGAAGAAACAACAAGACAUUGUUGUGGUGAAAAUGGAAUACAUUUUGUUGACUCUUCAAGACGCUGUUGAUAAUUUUAACGAGAUUUUUGGGUGGCCUUUCUUUUUUCUAAUUUCUUAUUCUACCUUAUUGUUUUUGGAUUACACUGACGACUUUGUUAAUGGAUACUUAUUAAAAUCCAAUAAAGCUAAGCAUGAAAUGAUUUUUCCAACAAAUAUUAUUUUCGAGAUUAUUCUAGUUUUAAUGGUUUUGAAGAAGAAAGAAAUUAAUGAAAUUAUCAUUAAUUGUACUUUGGCUAACACUUUUCCGGAAUUUACCGCCGCUGGGUUUUUCGUGGUGAGAAAAUCGACCAUUUUGACGAUUUUGGGUACCACUGCCACUUUUCUUAUCAUUAUGGUGCAGUUUGAAGACGAUAAAUAA